AUGCAAGUGCUGAGUAAAGAGGUCAAAUCUUGUCUCUACCCACGCGGAAAUGAGCUUUCAUCUUUAUCUUGUUCGUCCAUCAAAAAACUAAUUUCCUUUCACAACUAUUUACAAUUAUCUAUCUAUCUAUCUAUCUAUCUAUCUAUCUAUCUAUCUAUCUCAGCCUAUUUGUCUGUACCUACCUACUUUAUCUAUCUAUCUAUCUAUCUAUCUAUCUAUCUAUCUAACAGGUGGAUUCAUACCUUUCACAAGUUCUUUCUUUCUUUCUUUUUCCUCUGUUCUUUCUUUCUUUCUUUCUUUCUUUCUUUCUUUGCCUUCGUUCGUCCUUUCUUUCUUUCUCCUCUGUUCUUUCUUUCUUUCUUUCUUUCUUUCUUUCUUUCUUUGCCUUCGUUCGUUCUUUCUUUCUUUCUCCUCUGUUCUUUCUUUCUUUCUUUCUUUCUUUCUUUCUUUCUUUCUUUCUUUCUUUCUUUUCUUUCUUUCUUUCUUUCUUUGCCUUCGUUCGUUCUUUCUUUCUUUCUCCUCUGUUCUUUCUUUCUUUCUUUCUUUCUUUCUUUCUUUCUUUCUUUCUUUCUUUUCUUUCUUUCUUUCUUUGUCGUCUUUCUUUCUUUCUUUUUUCUUUUCUUUCUUUCUUUCUUUCUUUCUUUCUUUCUUUGCAGAUCUGAUUAUCGUUUAUAA